CCCGUUACCAGGUAAAUAAAGUUAGAGUUUACAACCAAAAUGGCAGAAUCAGCGACACAAACUGAAUCAAUAGCUUUGUAUCAUUAUCUACGCCAGAACGUUGUUGGAACAGAGAAACAUGUAAGAACAAUCAGAUUGAUGAAUAAUGUUAGAGACAAUUUACAGAGCAAUACGACUUGGACAUUUAUUACCAGUGGAAGUUUCGGAGAUGGACUACAGACACGAGGUAGUGAUAUAGAUUUAAUGGGGGUAUUGAAACUGAUUGAGGUCUGUGAAGACGCACAAACUUAUUUCAAUGCUAAUAGAAUACAUUUUUCAAUGGAAGUGGAAGAUACACAGCCAGGUUUCGCUAAGUUACGUCUAGUGCACAGUAAUGACAAGAGUAUCUUAAAAGACUGUUAUGAUAUCAAUGGUAAUUUCUACUUUUCAAAUCUUUUAUUUAAACAAAAUUUUGCAACCGACAUUUUUUCGACUAUACAUGGGCCAUGUAUGUCCGAUAAAGCUGGAGUAUAUGACUUUGCAAGCUGUUUACAUUGUAAAUUAUGGAUAACACCAGCAAAACAAUGGAUAGGACGAUCAAAUAAAUCAUGGCCGAGAUACGAUAUUAAACAGGCUAUUGUAAAACACGGGGUUCUCUUUGUACCUGUAGGGGUGAAAGGAUCUACACAAGAAGAAUUAGAAUGGCGAAUAUCAUUUUCCGUUGCUGAAAAACUACUUAUCUAUUCAUUUACACAUACACAAUUAUUAUGUUAUGCAGUUAUGAAAAUUCUUCUGAAAGAUGUUAUAGCUUUAGACAUUGAUUGUAAAGAAUUACUUUGUUCAUAUUUUAUGAAAACACUUUUGUUUUGGAUGUGCGAAGAAUUGCCUUCAUCAAUAUGGAAACCUGAAAACUUGAUAUCUUGUUUCAUGAGAUGUUUCAGGAGGCUUAUAUAUUGUGUUGAAUACUCACUUUGUCCGCAUUAUUUUAUUCCUGAGAAUAAUCUAUUUGAGAAUAAGAUACAAGGACAAGCACAGAAAACACUUUUAAAUAAGUUGUCUAUCCUUAACAGUUACGGUUGGCAAUGUAUCCUAUUGUCGGAUCAAGUCCCGAAUUUAAAUGAAUUGGCAUCGGAUAUACGUGAAGAGACAAGUUAUUCAUAUGCCAAGAGUUUAGAAAGAUUAUUAAGCUUACAAAUGUAUUUUGUCCACUCUACGUGCACUUCUUUUGAUUUUCUCUUGGAAAAAACUUUAUGCAAGGUAUUGUCAAGUAAGAGUUCAAAAAUCAAAUACUUGUACGCAGAAUAUAUGUCAAAAUUUUAUUGCAAAAGUGAGCGAAUUCUGCCAGAGGAUAAUACAUCCUAUAAUAAAUCUACUUAUAAAGAGUACAAUACUUAUAUAAGUACUCUUCUUCUUAACACACAUCAUGACGCUGUAUCUGGAUGGUUAAUGCUAUCUUUGUAUUUCUACAAAAGAAAACAAUACAAUACAGCUCUUUACAUUAUUCAGUAUUCUCUAUCAAAAUGUUCACCGGAAAAACUUCAUCAAUUCAUGCAGUAUUCAGAUAUUCAUCAUGAACUAUUUAAUUUACACGUAUUCAGGAAUAUGCAUAUUGUUCAGUUAUGGAAUUUUUACUAUUAGGUUUAGUGUACUUUAUACACCCUAAGUUACAACCGAAUGAAUUACAAAUGGGAGUACAACAAAUUAUUCCUCCCAUAGUUUUUGCUCAUGCCCUUCGUGUUCUAUGUCAUUAUCAUCUAAAGAAUAGCAGACAAAGUUGGAAUUUCUUACGGGAUCUACACUUGACUAUAGAGGACAACCGUUUUAUAGCUCAUCCCAUGUUGAAAAGUACAUCUUACUACAUGCUGGGCAUAUGUUUUCAAUUGUUAGGUGACAUAGAAGCAGCGAGACAAGCUUUCGUGCAUUCUACAGAAUUGUUUCCCGAUCAAAAAUAUAACAGAGCAUUCCAACAAUUGUCAUUCAUAAGCUGAAUGUGUUUAUUUUUUAUGAUUAUGGAAUGCAGUCAUUAAUAUCUUUCUUAAAACUAUAUUAUGAAAAAUUUGACCAACACUCGAGGAAUGACAAAAAUAAAGCCUAAGUUUGUAUCACUAGUUAUAUCACAACUAUUUCCAUACAAAAUGUUAAUGUUCAAGCUUGAAUAGGUCACCUUUUCAAGCUUGAACAUAUGUGAAUAGGUCGGGAAAUCUAUCAAAAGCAUAUGAUAAGGUUAAUAAAGUUCCCAUAACUUCUUCAUCUGACAAAUACAUUUCAAAAUAUUCCAUUCACGUCUAGCAAACAAAAAUAAAUCAAAACAUAAUUGGACCCUGUGUUUAGUUGACCUGUAGAUUGCACAACAGUGACAUAACCAUUUAUACAAUGUUAAUUAGUUGAAAAAAGUUAACAUCAAUGAUAUAAGUAUAAUGUAAUAAUGGUGUUGUAAAUUUGAGUAUGUUUCCGUAAUUUUUAUGUAAUUUGCUUAAAUGUGUUGUAUACAUGUUUGAAAAUGUUAUUGAAAGUUUAUUUUUUUGUUAUUUAUCACUCUACUUUUCAUCAUACAUGCCCAUAGAAUGAAUAAAGGAGGUUUUUUUUAUUUGUUUUAGACGGAUGUUCUUUUGAGGUCAAUUUCAAGUUGACCUACAAAAACGAGUUUUAAUCAGUUUUAUCAUUGUCGGUUUGUUUUUAAAUUAUGAGUUUGAAUGUCCCUUUUUCAUAUUUUGCCUCUCUUAAAUGGACAAUAGGAAUUUUAUGCAAUAAAAAUUAAUGGUAACAAGCUGAUAAAUGCUAUUCUAACAGACUUUAUUAAGGACUUAACUAGGAAGACUCACUCAAAAACUGAAGGACUUAACAUUGAGUUUACACAUCAAUUUUGUUGUUAUCUCACAAAGGAAAUAAUAAUUAUUAUCGCACCGCAGGUAAAUUAUGACGUUGUAAUUGAUUAAACGCCGUCACGUGGUGACCCCCUAUGGAUCCGUAAGGGGGUUAGUAAAUUUCAUAGGGGGUUCAUGACAUCACGUCUACUGUUAAUGGUGACGUCAUCUAUUAAUGUUGUUGCAUUUCAUUGUUUAUUUUUCUACAAAAGGCAGCAAGAAAAGUCGCGUGUGCGAUAAAUUCAUUAUACGGGUCACAACUGACCCCUACGGACCAUAGAGGGUGAGUAAAAUCCAUAGGAUAUUCGGCCUUUGUUCUAACCCCCUAUGGAUUUUACUCACCCUCUAUUGAUCCGUACAUUUCUUUUUGCAUGUUUUAUGGACUGACUUUUUUCGUUUUUUUUUCUUCAAAUUUAUAUUUAAGAUAUAUAGCAGUGACAUUUCUGAAACUAAGGAACUGAUACUGCCACGUUUUAAUUUCUAAUUGAGUAGUUAUAUCUGGAAUAUAACAUAUAUAAUAGUGUGUAAACAGUGCUCCCAAUAAUAAUAUAUUUUGUAAGGAAUUCAAUAACAUCAAACAUAUAAGAAAUAUAAAUUGGUGUAAAAUAUAAAAAUGCAUAAUUUUCUAUCUUUAAACAUCAAACUUUGAGAAGUUGUAGUUGCUUUGUAGAGCUUUUUAGGUGGAAUUCUCAGAAACAACGGUGAAUAGUUACCAAUCAAAUUCUCCUCUAUAUUUUUAAUAGAUAAUUGUACUAUAUUCACAAAACUAUGCAUAUGUACAUACAAUAUGUAUUAUAAUAUUUGUUGUACCUCAUAACUCAAAGUGCAGAUGGAGAAUAAAAUAUAUGUUGUUGAAUAUUUGAUUAAA